AUGGAAUCGGAAGAAAGCCAGAGAGUGUAUCAUGAAAAACAAAGAUGGCAGUUUUGCUUGAUUCAUACGGUCAAUAAUAUUCUUCAAAGAAAGGAAUUUACACCUGAAACGAUGGAUGAGAUAUGCUACGCUUUAAAUGAAAGCAAAUGGUUUAAUCCGCAUAAAUCCUGGAUUGGAUUGGGGAACUAUGACGCGAACAUUUUAAUGGCUGCAUUGCAACAACACAAUUUCAAGGUCGUCUGGUUUGAUAAACGUAAUAAGCCGAGCACGAUCAACUUUGAUCUUCUCAGGGCAGUUGUGGUCAAUAUUCCAUCCAGAUUGUUCAUUCCAUUUGUGAGAAAUCGUCACUGGUAUCCUCUUGUAAAUUUCAAUAAUAAGUUCUUCAACCUCGAUUCCAAAAUAAGCAGUCCUGAGAAAAUCGAGAAUGUAGAAGAGUACAUGGAUAACGUUCUACGAUCAUCGGAUGCGGAAGUUCUCUUAGUUGUUCCGAUGAACGUUGCCGAAGCGGAACUAUUUAAAAGUUCCGAAUAA